AGGGCACAGUACACUUGCUCGACCCAUCCACCAUCAUGGUCUCCCAGCCAACCACCGUCCCAUGCCAGUACCGCACCGGACGCACCCUCGGCAGCGGCACCUAUGCCAUCGUCAAAGAGGCCAUCCACAUCAAGACCAGCCAAUACUACGCUUGCAAGGUCAUUAACAAGAAACUCAUGGAAGGAAGGGAACACAUGGUCCGCAACGAGAUCGCUGUACUCAAGAGGAUAUCCAGCGGUCAUGCCAAUAUCGUCACCCUUCACGACUAUUUUGAGACUUCACAUAACCUCUACCUCUGUUUCGACCUAUGCACAGGUGGUGAGCUUUUCGACAGUAUAUGUGCACGCGGCCAAUACACAGAAGCUGAUGCUGCUGGCCUCGUUCGAACCAUCUUUGGCGCUGUCCAGUAUAUCCAUGACUGUGGCAUCGUGCACAGAGACUUGAAACCCGAAAACUUGCUCUUCCGCAACAAGGGUGACAACGUGGAGGACAUCAUGAUCGCGGACUUUGGUCUCAGUCGUGUUAUGGAAGAAAACAAACUUCACCAGUUGACUGAAAUCUGUGGGACACCUGGCUACAUGGCACCCGAAAUCUUCAAAAAGACCGGCCACAGCAAACCAGUGGACAUCUGGGCUAUGGGUGUUAUCACAUACUUCCUUCUAGCUGGUUAUACCCCAUUCGAUCGCGACAGCCAGCGCCAAGAGAUGGAGGCCAUCAUCGCUGGUGACUACAGGUUUGAACCCGAGGAAUACUGGAGCAACGUAUCUCCUACCGCACGUGCUUUUAUCUCCGAAUGUCUGACCAUUGACCCCAUGUCACGGCCCACUGCCGCCGAUUGCCUCGCUCACCCAUGGCUCACCGCCGAUAGCCCACACUUUGUGGAGAGCGAGAGUGGAGGCCCAAGAGAUUUGUUGCCUCAGUUCAGACGGGCAUUCGACGCAAGGAGGACGUUCCGCAAAGCCGUUUUGGGUAUGAUGGCGAUGAAGCGCAUGUCGACGCUGAGACACCACCUCUCACCCGAAGCUCAGAAGCUCGGCGAGGACGUGUACAACUACAAGCAAGAGUCGGAGAAGGAGGUCAUGGAGCACACACACGUGAUCCACCACCACAACGAGCACCACGGCGAGAACGGCCACGAUCACGCGGAGAAGGAAGGUUUGCAGCGAAUCAACGAUGUUUCAGCCGAGGGCGACAGCGAGGAAAAGCUGGUGAACCCGCAUCCUCGUACGGAGGGCCAGCCAUUGACGCCGCCUGGAGGAGCUGGGGAAGUUGCGGACAAGCUCGCGGCUGUGGAUCUCAAAGCGAAGCAUGUGUGACGACGCUAGGGCUGUUUGAUGUUUGUACUGAUGUGACUAGUCUAUUUCUGUGUCUGUGGUUGCGGAUUUGUGGACGGGAUGAUAUAUCGCUGCCAAAAGGAAUCUACAUAUGUAUAGAGAUGUGUUUGUUGUAUGUGUGUUCUCAUAGCUCCAUUUUAUGUUGUUUGGUUUGUGCUACAAUAAUUUGACUUUUUUUUUU